AUGGAAUCUGCAAAGACAACAAUCACGAAGGGUGCUGGAGGCCGAAAGGGUGGCGACAGGAAGAAGGCCAUACCCAAAUCGGUGAAGGCCGGGCUGCAAUUUCCGGUGGGUCGAAUCGCCCGUUUCCUCAAAAAGGGUCGGUAUGCUCAGCGAGUUGGCAUUGGAGCCCCGAUUUACAUGGCUGCUGUACUUGAAUACCUUGCUGCUGAGGUAUUGGAAUUGGCUGGAAAUGCUGCACGGGACAACAAGAAGAGUCGAAUUAUUCCGAGGCAUGUGCAAUUGGCAGUAAGGAACGAUGAAGAAUUGGGAAAAUUGCUUUACGGUGUAACAAUUGCAAGUGGUGGAGUUUUGCCAAAUAUUAACCCGGUUCUUUUGCCAAAGAAAUCUAAUGAAUCCCAGGAUAAGGCCCCCAAGUCCCCCAAAGCCUCCAAAUCUCCAAAAAAAGCCUAG